AUGUCUUCUUUAAUUACGACAGUUCGAAACAAAUUUCUCGAAGCCAUACGAUCAGUUAAUCCUCCGGGAAGGUGGAAGAUUCUGGUCGUCGACGAACAUUCUCAAAAGAUAUUGGGCUCAGUGCUGAAGCAAUUUGAUAUACUAGAGGAGAAUGUUACGCAGAUUGAAUCCAUCUCGAAUUACCGGGAUCCUCAACCAGGAUUAGAGGCCAUGUAUCUCAUUAUGCCAACCAACCAGAACAUUGAUCGAGUCAUCCAGGACUUCAGUGGCACUCCCCAAUAUGCUGGUGUUCAUCUGUUCUUCAUCGAAGGAUUGUCCGAACCCCUCUUCAACCGACUGGGAUCCUCCCCAGCGGAACCACAUUUGCGUACACUGCAAGAACUAUACAUCAACUUCCGAGCAAUUGAAGCUCAAGUUUUCUCUGUGGACUCCCCUGAGCUAUUCUUCAGUAUUUACAGCCCUCCACGGAAUGAAAAUAGCUACCGUGCUGCCCGUGAUCGUUUAGAAGAAGAUAUUCGAUUUACAAGCAAAGUUAUCGCCAAUGUCUGUAUCACAUUGAACGAAAAUCCGUACAUCCGAUACUAUGUUCCAGCGAACCAUCCACCACUGGGCCCACUGAAACCACACGCUUCCACUCGCCCACCCCCUCCACCAGAAAACGCUACAAGAUGGCGGACCAACCUAGCUCGUGGAGAUACGGCGAGAGCAUACGAGUCGGUGGAGACUGAUUAUGUGGCCAAACUACUUGCUUUUAUGGUGCAGAGUAAUCUGGACGAAUAUAAGAAGCAAAAUGCGAACUUCGGGAAAAACGACGCUCGUCCAAGGGCGACUUUGAUCAUCACGGAUCGUUCCAUGGAUAUGAUGGCGCCUUUCCUUCACGAAUUUACCUACCAGGCCAUGGCAAACGACUUACUACCUAUAGAAAAUGGAACAAAAUACACAUAUAAAUUUCAAUCGUCAGUGGGAGCAUACGAAGACAAAACGGCAACUCUUUCUGACGCAGAUAAUGUGUGGACCGAAGUCCGUCAUAUGCACAUGCGUGAAGCCAUUGACAAAUUGAUGGCCGAUUUCAACAAGUUCUUGGAAGAAAACGCAGUAUUCAAAGGUGAUAAUGCUGCAAAUCUAAACGACAUGAAGGAGAUGCUUGCCAAUCUACCGCAGUUCCAAGAACAACGAGAAAAGUUCUCUCUACAUCUGAGCAUGGCGCAAGAAUGCAUGGGCAUUUUUGAACGUGAUAAGUUGCCCCUUGUGGCAAACGUCGAACAGAACUGUGCAACGGGUCUGACUGCUGAGGGAAAAACUCCCAAACACCUCGUAGAGGAGAUGGUCCCUUUGUUGGACAGUCGAGAGGUCAUAAAUGCGAAUAAAGUUCGAAUUGUAUCGCUUUAUAUUCAGUUCCGAGAGGGUGUUCCUGAUGAGGAUCGUCGACGGUUGUAUCAGCAUGCUCGAUUAUCAUUGGCUGAGCAGGACGCUGUCAACGCGUUAACAAGUUUUGGUGUUAGAAUAUCUAGGGGCCCUAGUGACAAGGACAUAAAGAAGAAGCUAAAACCGAAACCUGCAGAUGACAGCGAAUACGAUCUCUCUAGAUAUAAACCUUUAAUCAAAACAGUUAUUGAGGAAUGUGUAACUGACAAACUCGAUACUGCAUUGUUCCCAUACGUGAAGGAAGCGCCUUCCGCUGUGCCCAUUCCUACUAGUCUGCGUUCGCCACCUCCGGCAGGCUCUCUGCGAAGCGCAAAACCCUCUUGGCAUCGCGCCGCUCGACCAAAUGCGACUGUAGAGAACAGACCACGGAUCUUAGUAUUUGUAGCGGGAGGUAUGACAUACUCGGAAAUUAGAGAGGUGUACCAACUCUCGACUUCUUUGAACAAGGAUAUAUACAUCGGUUCAACCCACGUUGUCACCCCUCGUCAUUUCGUAGACGAUCUUAAGGUCCUCGAGCUUGGUGGCGUCGGGUCUCGAGCAAUACCUAACGGCUUAGCGGAAUCUCGAGGUCAAAGACCAUAUCAGGAAUAUUAUGACGACAAAUAUUAUACCAAAGAUGGUCCCCGACCCCAACCUCAACCGAAAGCAGUUGCGCCGACUCGCACUGCAACACCCAAGGCUCCUCGUCUUAUUCCAACCAUCUCUCAUGACUCCUCCAGCUCCGCCACGUCUUCGGUGAAGGAGGAGAAGAAGAAGAGAAAGGGAUUGUUCAAAUUUUGA